CUUAGCAAAAUCCGCCCAAAGACAAACAAAAAUGACGACAAAUAGCGCGGAAGAUAGCGCAGUGUAGAUUUAUUGUUUUAUCUUCUGCAGAAGCCUAAUUAGUAUUGUUUGUUCAUCUUUUUUUAAUGAGUGACUAGACCUGGCAAUAUAUUCCACAGGAAUGCUGGGUUGGCCAUCUGGCUUUGGGCUUCUUGAUUGAUGUGACAGGCGCUGAAAUUUGAAGUUCAGUUGAGAGGCGAAGCCACUGCUCUCCCUAUAAAAUCUGCCUCCCUGCAAUGGAAUGGAUGGAGUCGAAGCACGGGAUUUCAACGACAGUUCAGAGACUAUGCUACCGAGAGUGGCAGUGACUGAACGCCAAUGUGUCCCGAGCGUCUCCAUGGUAACAAACCACGCGCGUCUCUGUUGAUUUAACUUCACUUCCUGGAGCUGCAACAAAAAUGUCCGAGACCCAAGAUAGGCACGGUUUGGAACAUGCUGAUUUAGACAAUUAUUUUACUGUUUUUGCUGGAUCCUCAGAAGAAGAUGUGUCAUACGCCAAGGUCUUCUGGAGUUCUGUCACUCUACAGCCACCUCUGGAGUCGCGCCUGGUUUCGGCCGACAUCAGUCAGAGGUUGAAAGUAGCCGGGAACCCUCAACAUUAUGUGAGUACUGGCAAUGAACCCCCUGUCCUGGACCUAAGAAGUGAGGAGAACCUCCAGGCAGCGUAUCUGAAGGAACGGGCAGAGGAGAAGAAGAGAUACCUGGAGAUGGAAUUUAAUGGGCAGGAGACGUGCUUUUGUGCUCCCCUUCGCUCCAGCCUGGUUUCCUUUACUCUGGAAACAGCAAUUUAAAGAAGAGCCACAACCUUACCCUCCCUUUCCCUCCUCAAUCAAUCGCUAUUCUCAGCAAAUGACAUACGGCCUCACCCUGUAAUAGCCAUUUUCACAGAGACACCCCAACAAGAAGCCAUUAAGAUCUCUCAUAUAUUAUACAACAUCUAUAUAAAAUUGCACAUUUGACAAUGUUAAUAGCCAGUAUUUUUGGUGUAUGUCCAAAAGCGCUUUCCUGGAAUGUUGGUUUUCAAGUCCUAUAAUGUAUUGUCCCUGACAAAUACAUUACGUUCAUUGUGAGCAUGAUUAAAGAGAGUAGGUUUUCUGUGGUUACACCGAAGGAGCCUUCCGGCAGAAUGGCUGCUCUAACCGGCCCCUCACACCGAACCUGCGUGACCUCAUGAGAAGUGUUUUUUGCAGAUAGUGUCCCUGGACUCAACCCUGCCCCUUUUCCACCCGUGAUUAAUGCGUCUGAGGAGCCUCUCCUGAGUCCCACCCUCCCGCUAGCCAACUUAACUAAUCUGAUUAGCUGGGCGAGGCUGUGUACUCACAGAUCAAUUCAUCUGAAAGGGGUUAUGAUGAUUAGGGAGGCAUUGAUUUAUCCCCCCAGUGCGCCCGUUACCGCCGGCCCAGGGAAGCGGCUCAUCUUUCUCCUGAGGAGAUGUGACAGUUCCUGCAAUAGACUAAAUGCUUCCUCGCAGCCAUGGCCAGCCCUGCCUUAUUGCCGCUAAACCAAUAUACUAAUUGCAAGGCAGGAAUUUAGGUAAUCGUUGACCUUACUGACCCCACCAUCGUCCACAUUACCUCAAGACUAAACAAACCCCAUUGUAGUUUUUUAGUGGUGCUCUUGUAAAAAUUUUCCUGAGUCAGAGACCAUCAGCCCCCUGGUCCAAUGAAGCAUCUGCCCCGUGGGGCCAGCCCACAGGGCGUCGCUGCGUCCAAAACCUGUGAUCAAUCAAGAGCCCCCAGAAAUUCAGGUUUUUUACAUGAAAAGUGCUUUUGCACACUGUCUGCAAAACUGUGUGAACUUUUAGUCAUUUAAUUUUAUUAUGUAAUAAAUGGUAUGCCAUGGUAUACCAUCCUCAUUCCUCCUACUUCUGGAUUAGUCUCAAAGGGGCCUCCCUCCAGUUCAUGGAAUAACUGUGUGCCCUAUUUUCCACAUACACAAUAUACUUAUUAUAUUAGGUGUUUUAGAAAACAUACAAGCUAUUGUUGUUGCUUUUAUAUAUCAUUGGCUGCACUUCACAUUAUUAUAUAGCCUACUAAUUACGCAAAUAUUGUGAGAAAGUGUAGUUGUCCAAUCUAGGUUCUGCAACUCAGUGUGACAUCUUAUAAGCAAAUAUACAGUAUUUUGUAUUGUAUUAUAUAUAUUAUAAAUUAUAUAUAAUUAAAGAAAUUGGAAAUGGAUUUUCCAAUUUGAUAAUCCACAAAAUAUUUGCUGUUUUCAUGUAAUUCACGUAAUGAUAUGGCCCUUCUAUUUGGGGUUUUAUAUUGUGCCAUGAGUGGGCCAGGUUUUCCUUCAGGUCAGAGUUGUGGGUCAGGGCAGAUUGAUGACUGUUUCUCUGUUCUCCCAUUGAGAGCAAUCAUCCUGCAAGCCGGUAAAGGGUAGUCCUCCGGAGAAGGGAUCAAUUCAGCCAGAGUCCUCUUAAGUAAUUAACCUUCUCCUAGGGCUCUGUGAAUCACACCAUUCCACAGAGCCUUCUCAUUUUAUACAAGCAGACCUUUCUUUGGAAAGUCUGUCUGCUCAUAGAACCAAGGACACAGAACUCUCCCAAAUGUUCAUUUAUUGCCAUAUGCUAAAAAAGAAAAAGAAAAAAAAAAGUUUAAAUGCAGAUUUCAAAACAAAGUUGUGCUUAUUUUAAUUUUAAGAUGCUUUUAUUUGUUUUCAGAAUGUCAGUCCAGUCCAGUGUUUCUGCAAAAUGGCUUCAGACAAAUAACAAUUAAUGAGGCACAAGGUUUGUGUAAGACUGCACAACCUGAUAUAAUUCUAAUUCAUUAUGGUCAUGAAGUACAUUUUAGUUUGCUAACAACUCAUGAAAAAAGAAUGUGAAUGACUGAAGAUAAUAUUUUAAAAAUACAAAACAGCAUUACAAUACAUGUACAAAUGCCAUUUGCUUGUAAAAUUUGUGUCUUUAUAACAGAUUAAUCAGGUACCAUUGAACAUGAGUGUCCAUUCUGUCUGCAACCCCCAGCCAAGCGCUAAAUCAGAUUUAUGAGGCUCGUUUGGUGACUUGAGAGAUUUGAUUGGCCCAGACUGACAGCUGCUCACUUCUCAACAGGGGGUCAAAUCAGCCUCUGUGUGCCUUUGAGCUUCACUGAAAAACAAGCCACACAUUUCUUUUAUGAAGGGGUAUCUCCCUGUCUCUUAGGGAAUUCUUUAUCUCCUUCUGCUUCUUCAUCUUCUUCUUCCUCCUGUUCUUUUUGAUUUAUCAUCAGGCCACUCCCUCUGAAACUGGCUGCAGGUUGUAAGUAGGAAUUGUCAUAUGAUCAAUCUCCAGGCUUCUGUGAGCUCCUCUGUCACAUGUCUCUAACAGACCUGGGUCAACUACAUAUUUGUUUUGGAUUCAAAUACUUCUCUGUGCUCUAUUGAUCUUUCCUGGUAAAAUUGAGCCUGCCAAUAUGACCAGACAGUAUUUAAUUGGUUCCAAUACAUCAGACAAGAUCAGUAAAGCUUAGAAAAGUAUUUGAAUCCAAAACAAAUACGUAUUUGACACAGGUCUGGUUCCUAAUCUG